AUGGCAGCUGUGUCGGCAACAACUUCCGAAAGACCACCAUCAACUGUAAAAGCAUCCUGCACAAUUUGUUUUAAACCGAUUGGGAUUUUGAGAUGUGAAGGAUGUNUGAGGCAAAUUUUAAAUAUGGCUAAAUUUCAGUUUUGUCAACAGUACAUACAUCUUUGUAACAUCUUGAAAGUGAGGUCAAGAAUCUCCCAUGAACAUCGAUUAGCAUGCGAAUGA